AUGCCUCUAUUCAAGGACCUCGCGGUGGAGCUCAUCCAACAUAUCGCGCGUCACCUCCGUCUCGAAGAGCAAGGCGCCCUCCGCUCAGUGUGCUCAUACUUCCAAUUAGCGGUCGACCCAAUUUACUUCGAACUCGUCCUAAUUGCCAGCAAUCGCGUGUAUACUCCUGAAACGCAGGCGUUUGUGGCAGAAUUAUCGACCAACACAGACAAUCCAUGGGCCAAACAUGCUCGUGGUGUUGCCAUCGCGUUCGGCACGCCUACGGACGAAUAUUGGAACGAGGCGGCCACUGCUAGGCGGCGUUGGGAUGUAGAAAUCGAGGAGAACCCAGACCCGACAGAAGAGCAGGUCGGUGCGGUUAGCGCAGUCGCAGAGGGACUAAAGAAUCUGCCGCGGGUUACUUUUGCGAGGCUGUCACUACGUUCCACUGAUGCCCGCUGGUUUUGUGAGGCGCUAAUGGGGGCUCUUGUCGGGUUUCCUUGUCUGGAAAGCGUCGAUCUGCGACUUGGACGCGUGAUUGUGGUCCUCCCCAAGCUCUCGAACCUCACCAUACUCAAGAUCCUCUGCCCGCAACCUGCAACAUGGGACUACGACCCCGAUACAGAGGACCUCAAGCCAGGCGUGCCGGUGUCGCAACAAGUUGCUGGCAUUAUCGAGCGAUGUCCUCAACUGCGCGUGCUGCAUCUUACCGACCAUCGGUGGGAUGACGUCAUUUGGCAGACGCUCCUCCGAUUAAAGCUCCAACUAGUUGGCCUUGUGGUAAAUAUCGCGGCCAACUCCUGGAACAUGACGAGCAAUCGGGUUCCGCGCGCACUACUUGAAUAUCUCGGGUCGUACUCGGGUCUGCAGACCCUCGCGCUCGAUAUUCGAGGAAAUGACCAAAUGGAGGACGAUGCGUGUAUUUUUUUCGAAGAGGUGUUACCGCGACAUGCCGCCUCGUUACAAACGCUCCGAUGUGUUCCGGCAUUAGAAAGCGCCUGGUCUGUGCAACUGGGAAAUGCACAAGUGCUGUCCACAUUGGAAAACCUCACGCGGCUAGAGAUGAGCAUAGAUGCCCAGCAUCUUGACACUCCAGAUGACAAAACAAAUGCAUUCCACCUUCUAGUCAAUAGCAUCGCCCGGAUACCCAAGCUUACUGGCCUGGCACUCCAUUCCACUGCCACUCGCACUCCGCACUUUCGCGGUUUCGAGCGGAAUCCGCUCUUCGCAGGAUCCAUCGACGCCGCCCUCGACCAAUAUCUCCCUGGCUUCCCGCAAAUCACAUUCGCGUCAAACGAUGCGAAUGGUGGGUCCAGAGCAGCGUGGGACAUUAUCGACUAUGCAAUGGAGCUUUCACCAGAGCGGCUGGAACGGGCCCUUCCGCCAGAGGUGCAUACGAGCGAGCAGGACCUGGAGGACAGGGAAAGGGCCUAUAUCAGCGCAUACCGGCAAUGCAUAUGGGAUGUGACCAUUAUGAGGAAGUCGUAA